GUGACUUAUGUUAUGCCACUUGGAAAGUUUGAGUGAUUUUCAUGUUCAAAAAUGUCUUCGUCUAUCUGCUGCUAUAGAAAUGGCUUUGAAGAGACGUAUUUGCUCGCGGAUUUCUCGUUUACGUGAAUAAUGAGGAUUAACUUAAGCUGUGGAACUUUUGUGUUUUGCCUGUAACCCUAUGCUAACGGUUCACGGCUAAAUGCAUGCUCUGGCUGAACUUCAGUCAGCUGCUCUUGUUUUGAAGCUCAUCCCAUCAUGGAGUGCGCGACUUUUUCUAAGUAUUCCUGGCUGGAUUUUGUUUUUACUGUGAUCGGCGUGUGCACGUUUCUGUUUGACGUGGGCUCGGAUCUGUGGGUGGCUAAGGAGUUCUUCACGCAUGGAGAUUUCAUGUGGUUCGGUGUUUUGGUGGGCUUCAUGCUCAUGUCAUCUGUCAUAAUUCAGCUGUUUAGCUGGUUUUGGCUGAAGUAUGAUCGUCCUUUGGAGAAUUUUGAGUCUCAGGCGUCUGCCGGGAAUAUCGUUCUGUUAAGUGAAGCAAAAAGAGUAAAAUUGUUGCUCCUCCUGCAUGUUUGUCAGCUGGGCUUCUUCAUCAGGCACGUAUCAGCUAUCUGGCAGGGCUUUCGUGUGUGGUGGCGAGGGGGGAGUGGGUCUGAGUAUGCAGUUUAUCUGACCCAUGACCUCAGCAUGCUGCGUCUCAUUGAGACGUUCUGCGAGAGCGCUCCCCAGCUCACCCUCAUGAUGUACAUCAUGCUACGCAACAACCACGCAAGGAUGGUACAAUGUGUGAGUGUGGUCGCCUCCACUACUUCUGUAGCCUGGAUGGUGGUGGACUAUCAUCGGUCGCUCCGUUCAUUUCUGCCCGACAAAGACAAGCAGGGUUGGUUGUCCUCUGUGGUCUACUUCUUUUGGAACCUCUUUUUAAUUGGCCCACGUGUAGCUGCGGUUGCUCUCUUUGCUUCUGUGUUGCCCUGCUACAUUGCUGCUCACUUCCUGUCUUUGUGGCCUUUCUUUGUGUUAUGGGCCUGGAGGCAGGGUACUGAUUUCAUGGACAGCACAGGGGGGGAAUGGCUCUACCGGGCCACUAUAGGUCUAAUCUGGUACUUCAGCUGGUUUAAUGUGUCUGAAGGACACACCAGAGGCAGGAGUUUCAUCUACCACACAUUUAUGAUCUCAGACACUGGCAUCCUGUUGGCCACAUGGUGGUUUUACCGUGACGCAGAGACGACCCAGUCGUACGCCAUUAGUCUGAUUAUCUCCAUCCCGCUUUGUUAUGUCUUGGGCUUAAUGAUAAAAGUUCUCUACUAUUGCUGUUUUCACCCCAAAUUGUGGUGGCCUCCGGAUUCGGGGAAAUUUUCAGAUGAUGCAUCAGAUGGAGGGGAGCCACACAGCUUUAUGCAGGCCGAUGGUAUUUCGGAUGGAGGGGAGGAGCCACACAAUGUUGUUGGGGCCGAUGGUGCUUCGGCUGGAGGGAAGGAGCCACACACCAUUGUUCAGGCCAGUGGUGCUUCUUUUCAAAGAUUUAACAAGAGAAUGAGCCAACAUGCUGCUAACUUUUACACAACAAACACCUCCUCUGCAAUUAAAACAAAUGAAUGUGGAACAAAUAAUGUAUCGGUACUCUAAAAAUGAAUGGUAUGUAGCUUGUUUGACUGUUACACACUUUUUAUUACAUUUGUCAAUUCUCUGUACAUAGCGUUGAUACAAAUUAUGGUUUUUGAAUGAUGUUACAGUUGAACUGAAGUCAUUAAUUUUGUUGUUUGUAUUGAAGGUAUAUGUCACCAUAAACUAAAAUCGUCCUCAUUUACUCACCCUCAUGACUUUCACACCCGUGUGACUUUUCUGUGUCUUCCAUUGAACACAGAAGAUGAUGGGUGGGCUGAUAAGCUCCAAAAAGGAAAAAACAACAUGAAUCAUAAAGGUUUUUUUUUUAAUGUCUUAUGAACUCUAUUCCAAAUCAUAUAAAGUUAUGGCUUUGUCUGGGGAACAGACCGAAAUUUAUGUUUUUUUCUACUCUAGUUGUAGUACUCACUUGAAGCACAACUGUUGUGGAAUCUGACUCAGUGAAUGUUUUCAUUUCUUUAAUGUAGAAUAGAAAUAUGUGCACAUAUGUGACUGAUCCUUAGUCAUCUUGCCGAAACUAUUUCUAUCUUUUGUACAUAUGAAUCUAUGUGUACAGUUGUAAUGUUAUAUCAAGUUUUUCGAAAAUUGUUUAAAGUGUUUACAGAAUUCUAAUGGAAUGUGUCAUAAUUUAGAAACAAUCAAUGGGAUCAAACAAGAAUCCUCUCAGAAUCAGAGCUUCUGUAUAAAAAUAAACUGAAAAUGAAAUGAAAAUGAAAACUAUCCUACAAUCUUUGAUUCAUAAAGGGAAUGUUCAUGCAGAAAUGAAAGGUCUGUCAUCAUUUCCUCACCCUCAUGUCAUUUCAAACCUGCAUGGCUUUGGUUGAUCUUUUUUUUGUCCAUUUAAGGCAAUUAUGUCCAAAACUGUUUGGUCACCAAUAUUCUUUAAAAUGGGGGUUAAGCACAAAUUCACUUCCAUAUUCUCUAAAACAUCUCCUUUGUAUGUACUUUGUUGAAUAUAGAGCUCUUUUACUCAAGAUGCCUUAAAAAGAGCGAGUAAAGAUGAGCAUAACUGAUGUCCCUCGUAUAUAGAAUUUUUUUUUUUUUUUAAUCUUCUCACUAACAUUUGGAUAUUAAAAACAUCAACAACAAAACAAACUAGGUAGGUUAGUUGAUUACCUUAAAAGUCCAUAGAUGUCCAUUAGUUCAUUCUGCUGUUAACACUUUCUCCAAUAAGCGCAUGCGAUGAGAACAGUUUUUUGGUUUGGUCAUAUGACAUUUGUCAUAUCAUGUUCUGUCAUAUAGGUUUGGAACGGCAUGAGAACGAGUAAUUAUUUUGUCCGAAUUUCAUUUUGGAGUGAACUAACCCUUUAAAGUGCUUGGGUUUGAUCCCAUUAAGAUUGAUUUUCUAAACAAUUAGCUCUUUUUAGGUACAGUUGUGGCCUAAUGGUUAGAGAGUCUGACUUGUAACCCGAAGGUUGUGGGUUCAAGUCUCAGCAGGCAGGAAAAGCAGGUGAAUGAACAGUGCUCUCUUCCACUCUCAGUAUCCACAACUGAGGUGCCCUUGAGCAAAACGGCUGCCUUCUGCUCUGGGUGUGUUCAGUAUUCACUGCUCUGUGUGUGCACUUGGAUGGGUGAAAUGCAGAGCACAAAUUACUAGUAUAGGGCACCAUAUUGGCUAGACUUCAUGUCACUCACUCACUUUCACUUUCCAAUUUUAUUAGCAUUCUUUCAGGAUUUCCUGACAAAAGCAUGUUGGUAGUUGUUGAAGACUACACUCAAACAUUAUUUAUCUAGUCUGUAAAUGCUCAGAAACAUGGACAUGGAUCUAAAUGUACAUAAAUCAUCCUACUAGCUUCUAUUUGUGGUCUCAUUUUAUUAUAUUUUGUGAAAAUAUAUGUUAUAUAUUCUUAUUUUUCACUAUGGACUUGAUCUGAACAGCACUGUUAACGAUUAUGGUCUACAGUUUGAAUUUAUUUUUCAAUACAUUAAAUAACUCACUAUUGUCAUCAGCAGAAAUGUCUGAGAGCAGAAGUUCUCAUAGUAUUGCAACAUUACCCAAUAGCCAAUGUCCCCUUUUGUGUGUUCCUGUAUUUGGUGUUUAUAGCUGUAGUUUCUUUAGAAUUGGAUGCCAUAUGCAUGUCGUGACAACUUGUAUAGGAUUCAGUAUUGGUUUGCAAUGUUAAACAUGUGUCCUCUUGUCAUGCUAUGUGGAAUGCAAGCAAUCAUGGGUUGUGCCAUCAUGUCUCAGUUCUGUUCAGGGAUUUUUUUGACAGGGAUCCAUUGAACAUUUUGUGUAUGUAAUAAAUAAACCCAGCCUAUUCAGAC